UCCUAUGAUUUUUUUUUAGGGGACUCGUAUUUUCUCACUUCGAACCCUUGUCAAGAAGUCGUACCUUACCAGUAAACCUAAAGCCGUCGCCUGGAACUAAGCCGGCGGAGAUCGCGACGACGACAGACCGCAGCGGCGGCGAUAGGUAAUCCUUGAAGAGAAAUCAUAUCACAUUAGGAUCGGUUUUCUAUCGUGGGAAAUUGACUCAAUUUUCCACCUGUUAUGUUCGCCGAUCUUUUUGAUUUCGAAGUCGAGAAUUUUGGUAGCGUGAAGAAUAUUUAUUGGUUGCCUGCCGUGAUAAUAAAGAAAUGAGGAAAAGAGAUCUUGGGAUCCUCCUCCUCGCCGCCUUCGCUCUCUUCUUCUCCCUCCAGCAAGAAGGAUAUUUCUCCUUCAAGGAAGCUUGGUUCCACCUGUCAGAUGAGUAUCCCAUCAAAUUUGAGGCUGAACGUCUCCCUCCUCCUGUUGUGGUCGAUCUCAAUGGCGAUGGGAAGAGCGAAAUCCUUGUUGCCACACAUGAUGCUAAGAUUCAGGUCUUAGAGGCUCAUGCAAGACGUGUUGAUGAAGGGUUUACGGAGGCACGAGUUAUGGCUGAGGUAUCCUUGCUACCUGAUAAGAUCCGUAUAUCAUCUGGGAGGCGCCCUGUUGCUCUUGCUGCAGGUUUUGUUGAUCGAUCCUAUAAGCAUGGAGAACCAAGGAAGCAGGUUGUGGUUGUUGUUACCUCUGGUUGGACUGUAAUGUGUUUUGAUCACAACCUUAACAAGCUAUGGGAAAACAAUUUACAGGAGGAUUUCCCUCAUGGUGCUCACCACAAGGAGAUAGCGAUUUCAAUAAGCAAUUAUACACUGAAGCAUGGUGAUGCUGGAUUGAUUAUAGUGGGAGGGAGGAUGGAAAUGCAUCAUCAAAGCACUAUGGAUCUAUUUGAGGAAAUAAUGACAGAAGAAAAAGUUGGUGAUCUGCAUGGGAGAAGCACUAAUGAAAAAGAGAAUUCUGGAAGCAGCAUUGCAGAUCUACGCCAUUUUGCAUUUUAUGCUUUUGCUGGCCGUACUGGCACACUAAGAUGGAGUAGAAAGAAUGAAAAUAUCCAGGUUCAAUCUUCUGAUGCAUCACAGUUGAUCCCUCAGCACCAUUACAAACUUGAUGUUCAUGCUCUUAAUACUCGCCACCCUGGAGAGUUUGAAUGUAGAGAAUUUAGAGAAUCCAUUCUUGGUGUUAUGCCUCAUCGCUGGGAUAGGAGGGAAGAUACUUCAUUAGAGUUAGCACAUUUCCGAAAGCAUAAAAGGAAGCCAUUGAAGAAAACACCUGGCAAAGUUCCCACACACACUGUGUAUAAGCCUGUUGAGCACAAUCCACCAGGGAAAGAUGCAUCAAAUAAAAUUGCAAGAGCGAUUGGAAAGGCUGCAGAUUAUGCUGGUUCAGCAAAACCUAAAAAGAGAUCACUUUACAUCCCAACCAUUACAAAUCACACUCAAGUUUGGUGGGUUCCAAAUGUUGUUGUUGCACAUCAGAAAGAAGGAAUAGAGGUUGUGCACUUGGCCUCUGGACGAACCAUUUGCCAGCUACAUUUGCCAGAAGGAGGUCUUCAUGCUGAUAUUAAUGGGGAUGGCGUCUUAGAUCAUGUUCAGGUUGUUGGUGGAAAUGGUGCUGAACAAACUGUUGUUAGUGGUUCUAUGGAAGUCCUGAAGCCAUGCUGGGCUGUUGCUACAUCAGGAGUACCUGUGCGAGAGCAACUCUUCAAUGUUUCUAUCUGUCAUCAUUCUCCUUUCAAUUUAUUCCAUCAUGGAGACUUUUCAAGAAGCUUUGGGCGGAACUAUGAUGUAGUUAGUCUAGAGGUGGCAAGUCCAAUCCUGGUACGCAGAGAUGAUGGCCACCGGCACCGGAAAGGAAGCCAUGGGGAUGUUGUGUUUCUUACAAACCGAGGGGAGGUAACCUGUUACUCGCCUGGUUUGCAUGAUCACGAGGCUAUAUGGAGAUGGCAAAUUUCAGCUGGUGUUGUUUGGUCAAAUCUUCCAUCUCCAUCUGGGAUGAUGGAAAAUGUUGUUGUGCCUACUUUGAAGUCUGUUCCUCUACAUUCUCAUACUAACAAGGAGGUGAUAGUUGCAGCAGGUGAGCACGAGGCUGUGGUGAUAUCUCAUGGAGGAAGCAUUUUAGCUACUAUCGACUUACCUGGACCUCCAACUCAUGCGCUAAUUUUGGAAGACUUCUCCAAUGAUGGUCUUACUGACAUCAUACUGGUGACUUCGAGUGGGAUUUAUGGGUUUAUGCAGACCAGGCAACCUGGGGCACUCUUUUUUAGCACUCUCAUUGGCUGCUUGAUAGUUGUCAUGGUGGUCAUUUUCGUCUCACUACAUCUGAAUUCGAUUAACAAGGGCAAACCAAGAGCUUCCAGUGAUCAAAGAUGAACGCUAAUGGCUUUCUGAAAGUUUAGCCUUCAGAGUUCACUAGAUUAUGACAGGACAAUUGAAGAGCUCAGGUACCCUCCCCAUGUGGAACCAGCCUCGGGAGAAUGUUGUUAUGUAGUUAUAUUUAGUUUGCAUACAAUCACAUUUAUUUUUUUUAAAAAAAUAUUUUGGUGUGUUUUGUUCCAAAAUAUGAUGAAUUCCGUCAAUGUUAUUAUAUUUAGUAGCUUCGAGGGUAUGAAUCUUCAAUAUGUUGUCUUUGUAGAACCAGAAAUCCUUGAUUAAACGUGAUGUAAUUUAAUUGUGGAAUUUGUUUAGAAUUUUCUUACAUUGUUGAAGCAUAGCCGCUGUUAUUUUUU